AUGCAACCCCCCCCAAAAUUUUUUUCUAGUUGCGCCACUGGUAGUGGUUAUGUAUUCAAUAUAAACGAAUUGCCAAAACGUUGUGAUAUAUUAAUAGUAGGUCAAUUUGCUCUUGACCGUGAUGUUGGUGUCUUAGUAGAUGUAGAAGACGAAAGUACAAUCAAGAUCUUAACAGAAGCUAAUAAAAAUGUUUACCUAAGCAUUGGAUUCAUAUUCCAUGAAGAUUGGUGCUCAAUAUUGAAUGCUUUGGAUGAAAAUGAAUAUAAAACACGAAUAUUUGAUCCAUUAGUCGGUUUUUUAAAUAAAUACAAACUUGGUGGUCUUUUCAUGUGUAUUCCAGAUAUGUUAAAUGGUGCCAUAGAAAAUGUGUCUCAAAAAAUAAACGAUUUUGUCACUUCGGUUAAAAACAAUGUAGAUGGAUUAAAAGUUGGUCUAGCAUUUUAUGUAACGGAUCAGAUUUCCAAUAAAACCAGUAUUGAUUUUACAUUGAUAAAUGAAAUAAUGGAUCAUUAUAUCAUUGAUUUUACAAAUUUGAAUAGUUGUAAUAACAAUACAAAAAAAUACGGGUUGAAUCCAAUAUGUAGUGAUACUAUGCCAUCUAUUGAACAAAUUACAGGAGUUGUAACUAAUUCUAAUAUGGAUCAAUCAAAAUUGUUUGCUAAGUUACAAGCAAAUGUAAUAAUACCAGAAGAUCUAGUUUCGAAAGACGAAAUAACUGUCACAACUUAUUCUAAAUAUUGUGACGAUUCAGUAGAUACAUCUCGAUGGUGUGGGAACCCUUCAAAACUUUCAUAUGAUCAAGGAGCUUAUGUAGCACAAUUCUACAGCGGAUUAUAUAUAGAAAACUUGGAUGCAGAUGAUUUCGAAUGCAAAUGUGGUUGUAAAAAAUUUCCGGUUACAAAUUUUAUUAUUGAUGGAUGGACAAAUUCUGAUUUUACAGCGUGUCCUAAAAUAGAUUCAAUUAAACCGAAAUAAUUAUAUCACUUUAUUCAUUUAUAAUAGGUUAUAUCAUAAAAUAUUUAAUAUGAAUAUUCUUACUAAAUUAUCAUUAAUUUAAGUGUUUAAUCCAUUAAGAACAUUAAUAUAUUUACAUCCAUUUUAUGAAUAACUAUAUAUUAAUCGUAUAUUUCUGUUCAAUAAAAAAUAUGACUUUUGAUAUACCAUAUGGUACAUUGUUAUAUGAUAAAUUAUGUGUGUAUUACGAAGGUAGUAUUUAUUUUACUAGCUAUUUGUAAUAUGAUAAGUUAAUUUCAUUUGUACCAAAAACAUUUGAUUUAUAAUACUAUUGUAAUUUAAUUGUUAUAAGAAUAUAUAUUUU